AUGGACCUGGCCCAUCUAAAUUGCGCUGUGCAUACCCCAGAUCUCUCUGCUCCGCCUUCUCACUCCAUCUCAAGAUGGUCCGACACGGGAAUUCUAGGCCACCCAGUGUCAAUCAUCACUCCAGAGACAGAAGAUGAUAUUCGGGCUGUGUUGGAAUAUGCCAGUAAGAACGGGCUUCAGGUAUUUCCUGCUGGUGGUGGACAUGGCUCGUUUGUCCCCAUCACUUCAAAGACAUUAUACCUUGACCUGAAGAAAUUCAACAAGGUUCAUGUCGAUAAACAGGCUGCAACAGUCACCCUUGGAGGCGGUGCGAUCACGAAACAACUGAUCCAGGAGUGCACCGACCAUGGAUUUUAUACAACCUGGGUUAACAGCCAGGCAGUUGGGGUUGUUGGGAGUAUCCUCGGUGGAGGAAAUUCAACAAUGGCCGGUUUACACGGAAUGAUGAUUGACAACGUUCUUUCAGCACGAUUAAUCACCGCCGGAGGAAAUAUAUUGCAACUCAGCCCUUCCUCAAAGGGUGACGACCUCGCCCUAUUCCAAGCCCUCUGCGGCGCAGGAAAUGGACUUGGCGUCAUAACCUCAUUAACAAUGAAGAUAUACCCAAUUUCCGAUCUCCGAUUGUCUCAAGAUGGAGUCUUUAUCCGCAAACUCAUCUUCCCGGCCCCAAUGAUCGACCUCGCUGCUACAGUCUUCAGUAAACUCCAGCCUCCGCCUCCAUCUCUGGCUGCUGUAAUGAUAUGCGCCAGAGCUCCCCCAACUGCACCAAAGCCAGGGGCACCAAUGAUCAUUCUCACUGCGACAUACUACGGCCCUGCCGAGGAAGCCGAGCAAGCUGCGUCGGUACUAUUUGACGAGGAAGUUGUUUCAAAAGCCAUCAACGCACAGACAGAAUUCAAGCCGGUAGCUCAACUCAAUGAUGCCUCUGCACCUUUCGAUACGCACGGUGACUUCAAAGAUAUCCAAUCAACCUGGAUGAAAACAACUAAUCCAGAGGCCAUCAAAAGUGCCUUUGAGAAAUGGCUCGAGUACACUACCAAACACGAGGACGCGAAACGAACCGCCCUUGUCUUGAGCGGCUUCAAUACUAGGAGACAAAUGGAGAUCGGCGCAAGCCCUGAAGGACAUGGUAGAUAUUUUGAUCAUCGUGACAAAGGCUUGUUGGCUAUAAUCAUCAGUUGGUUUGGGAAUGAAGAUACGGCAUCGGCUGCGGCGGCCUUUGCUGAGGAUAUAAAGACGAUCUAUAGGGAGCAUGACUCGUCGGGUACGGCCAGGACUACCCUCAACAAUAUUGGACCUACAACUCCGCUGAGCGAGCUGCAUACCGAGGAACGAAUCCGAGAACUGAAGAGAAUUGGUGGUAUUUGGGAUCCAUUAGGGUUAUUUUGGAAACCGUGGAAUAGGGACUCAGAGUGA